AUGAACUCAGGCAAAGGAAAGGCAGACGCAGCCAAUCGCCCAACCCGGGUGCAAGAGGAGAAAGCCCGGGUGCAAGAGGAGAAAGGAUUUCUGCAGGCACAACGACAGAAAGUUGAUGUCACCCUGGACGCUGACACAGCUCACCCCAGACUGGAAAUCUCUGAUGAUGGGAAGAGUGUGAAAGAUACUGGCACCAUCAGAAAGGUGCCCAGCAAGGAGAAGAGGUUUGAUUCCCACACUUUUGUGCUGGCAAAGGAAGGAUACACAUGUGGGAGACACUACUGGGAAGUGGACGUUGGCAAGAGAAGAAGCUGGACCUUGGGUAUUGCCCAGGAACCUGUGACUCGCAAAGGGACAGUGACUCUGUCCCCUAAGAAUGGCUUCUGGGUCAUAGGGUUUGCAGAUGGGCGAGAGUAUUGGGCCCACUCAGAUCCUUGGACCCGUUUGAGUGUGAGUGGGAAGCUGCAAAAGAUUGGGAUCUUCCUGGACAUCUCAGCCAAGCAGCUGUCAUUUUACAACAUCCGUAAGAAAGCAGUUCUGUACACUUUCACCUUGGGAGGUGACAGCAGCCCGGAAGGGAAAUUCUUUCCCUUAUUCUCAACAGGCCCUGCUGCUGCAAAGCCUGACACUGAGCCUCUGGAAAUAGUGCAGGGGUUUGAUGAUGAUGAAUAG